CACAAAACUCAACCAACCAAAUAUCAAAAACAAAACAAAAUCCCAAUCUCACCUCUCUAUUAUCUUUACUUGUAUUAUCUUUGUAACCAACGUACACACACACACACUACAUAUAGCACAUAUUUUCAUUUGCAACCUCUCCUUUACCAUCUCUUUUCUCUCCACUCUCUGCACUUGUGUUUCAGAGUGUGAGCAAAAUGGAGAUGGCCAUUGGGAUUAAUAACUCUAUCAAACCCACCUUCUGUGUCAACCCCAUUAGACCAAGAAGCCUUAAUUCCACUAGCCCAUUUGUAAAAACCCAAUCGUUUGCUCGUUCUUUGUGUUUGAACAAGAAGCCAUUGUUCAAUUCUUGUUCUAGUAAAAACCCAGGUUUUAAUUCUAUUAGAUGCUCUGUUUCCGAAGUUGCUGACACGGAUACUGAAGCAGCAGCUGCUGCUGCUAAUACUGAGAGGAGGAGCAAACUGAUGAGGAGAAGCGACAUAAGGAAUAUUGCAAUUGUCGCUCAUGUAGAUCACGGAAAGACAACACUGGUGGAUUCUAUGUUGAAGCAAGCAAAAGUUUUUCGUGACAACCAAGUUGUUCAAGAGAGGAUAAUGGACUCAAAUGAUCUUGAGCGUGAAAGGGGAAUUACUAUACUAAGCAAAAACACGUCAAUCACUUACAAAGAUACAAAAAUAAACAUUAUCGAUACUCCAGGACAUUCUGACUUUGGUGGAGAGGUGGAACGUGUCUUAAAUAUGGUGGAGGGUGUUCUGUUAGUGGUCGACUCUGUUGAGGGCCCAAUGCCACAAACAAGGUUUGUUUUGAAGAAGGCUCUAGAAUUUGGCCUUGCUGUUGUUGUUGUAGUUAAUAAGAUCGACAGAACCUCUGCUCGUCCAGAAUUUGUUGUCAAUUCUACUUUUGAACUCUUCAUUGAACUUAAUGCAUCUGAUGAGCAGUGUGACUUCCAAGUAAUUUAUGCAAGUGGUAUAAAGGGGAAGGCUGGACUUGUUCCUGACACUUUGGCAGAGGAUCUCGGACCUCUUUUUGAGACCAUAAUUCGAUGCAUACCGGGGCCACAUAUUGACAAAGAUGGCGCACUUCAAAUGCUUGCGACAAAUACUGAAUAUGAGGAACACAAAGGAAGGAUUGCUAUUGGACGUUUGCAUGCAGGAGUUCUGACCAGAGGAAUGGAAGUGCGGGUAUGCACCCCAGAUGAUGCAUGCAGGUUUUCAAAAGUUAGUGAACUUUUCGUGUAUGAGAAAUUUUAUAGGGUUCCUGUAGAAUCUGUGGAAGCUGGUGAUAUCUGUGCGGUCUGUGGUAUCGAUGAUAUUCAGAUUGGGGAAACAAUUGCUGAUAAGACUUUUGGAAAGCCCUUACCUGCCAUUAGAGUCGAAGAACCAACAGUGAAGAUGGCUUUCUCUAUUAAUACGUCACCAUUUGUAGGCCGUGAGGGAAAAUAUGUGACAAGCAGAAACCUAAGAGAUAGGCUCUACCGCGAGAUUGAACGAAAUUUGGCUAUGAAAGUUGAAGAUGGUGAAACUGCAGAUACAUUUCUUGUCAGUGGACGUGGUACUUUACAUAUAACUAUACUUAUAGAGAACAUGCGAAGAGAGAAUUAUGAGUUUAUGGUUGGACCUCCUAAAGUUAUCAACAAAAAAGUAAACGACAAAUUGCUGGAACCUUAUGAGAUAGCCUCUGUGGAGGUACCGGAGACACACAUGGGUUCGGUGGUUGAGCUUCUUGGAAAAAGACGAGGCCAGAUGUUAGAUAUGCAAGGGCUAGGGUCUGAAGGAACGACAUUGCUUAAAUAUAAGAUACCAACUCGUGGACUUCUUGGACUGAGGAAUGCAAUUUUGACGGCUUCCCGAGGCACAGCAAUUCUCAACACAAUAUUUGAUAGCUAUGGACCCUGGGCUGGUGAUAUAUCUACACGUGAUCAGGGUUCACUGGUUGCUUUUGAGAAUGGAACCACGACAUCUUAUGCUCUAUUUAGUGCACAAGAAAGAGGACAAUUGUUUAUUAGCCCUGGAGCAGAGGUGUAUAAAGGUAUGAUUGUUGGCAUUCAUCAGCGGCCUGGUGACUUAGCACUGAACGUGUGCAAGAAAAAGGCUGCUACAAAUGUGCGUUCCAAUAAAGAAGUAACAGUGGUUCUUGACACCCAUUUGGAGUAUAGUUUAGAUGACUGCAUAGAGUACAUUCAAGAGGAUGAACUAGUGGAAGUCACUCCUCAAAGUAUCCGAAUGCUAAAGAACCCAAAGAUGGGAAAGAAAUCUCGGUAAGCUUACAUGCAAACAUCUAGAGGAUCUCUCGGUUUUGCAAGGGUGCCAAAUUCACAGCCGAAUGAUCCAUGUCAUGAUACAACAAAAACAUUCUUACCACAAUUACGUUGGUCCAGUGGGGUUGGCUCCCAUUAGCAUACAGAGUUUUGAGUAAUCUCAGGUAUGUUGAGUUUACACAUUCACAAAGGUGCAUUCAAUUUUGCAUAUUCACUCGAUGGAUGUAUAUAAUAGCAUGAUAACUGCGAACAGAUUUGUGUACUUGAUGAGAUUUCGUAGUUAGUACUGAUUUUGAGAACCAGGAAAGGAGUUUUCUUGGAUCUUUAUGGGUCCUCUUGUACUUGUACUUAGCUAAGAUGAUUGAGCAUAGCAAUUCUGGCACUAUGAUUAUAUUGAAUAAGUGGCUUGCAGGCCAUUUCUAUUUGUUUA